AUGCCGAAUAGCACAGCGCAUCCUCAACAACCCUCCUAUACCGCUGCACGCUCCGCAAAGCCCGAGAGACCCCAGCUGCAGUCCUGGCUCAAUAAGGCAGAGACACAUGAGCAAAUGAUGGUUGGACAAAAGACAUCUCGAUCCUUCGUGACGACGAUGCGAUUCCUCGAGGAGAUGGAGACGAAGAUCGAGAGGGAGUUCAGAUGA